UCGGGCCGGCCGAGUAGUGUAGAGCAGGCCGCAUGAGCGCGCCGGUGUGGUAGCGCAGCGUGCGCGGGUGUGGUAUGCCCGCGCGUCGCCGCCAUGGCCCCCGUCCUGGCGGCCUUGGCGCUGCUCGUCCUGCUACCCGUAUCGGAGCAAGGGCCGCACGAAAAGCGAUUGCUGAAUGCACUGCUAGCCUCCUACAACACCUUGGAGCGGCCUGUUGCCAACGAGAGCGAGCCUCUCGAGGUACGCUUCGGCCUCACGCUGCAGCAGAUCAUUGACGUGGACGAGAAGAAUCAACUACUUAUAACCAAUAUAUGGCUGUCAUUGGAAUGGAAUGACUACAACUUGAGAUGGAAUGACACCGAGUACGGAGGUGUCAAGGAUCUGCGCAUCACACCGAACAAGCUAUGGAAACCUGACGUUUUGAUGUACAAUAGUGCUGACGAGGGUUUUGACGGGACAUACCAGACGAACGUGGUGGUCAGAAGCAACGGCAGUUGCCUGUACGUGCCUCCGGGCAUUUUCAAGAGCACAUGCAAGAUAGACAUCACUUGGUUCCCCUUCGACGACCAGCAUUGUGACAUGAAGUUCGGUAGUUGGACCUAUGACGGCAAUCAGUUGGACCUGGUGCUUAAAGAUGAAUCUGGUGGUGACUUAUCAGAUUUUAUAACGAAUGGAGAAUGGUAUUUAAUAGGGAUGCCUGGAAAGAAGAAUACAAUAACAUACGCGUGUUGUCCAGAACCCUACGUUGAUGUCACCUUCACAAUAAUGAUACGACGGAGAACUUUGUACUAUUUCUUCAACUUAAUAGUUCCGUGCGUACUCAUUUCAUCAAUGGCGCUUCUCGGCUUCACUCUACCACCGGAUUCAGGAGAGAAACUAACACUCGGAGUCACUAUUCUACUCUCGCUGACGGUGUUCCUCAACUUGGUAGCAGAGACCCUGCCGCAGGUCUCCGACGCCAUUCCCCUGUUAGGAACAUACUUCAAUUGCAUCAUGUUCAUGGUGGCAUCAUCAGUGGUACUGACUGUGGUCGUACUGAAUUACCAUCAUAGGACAGCGGAUAUACACGAGAUGCCUCAAUGGAUAAAGACUGUAUUCCUGCAAUGGUUGCCGUGGAUAUUGAGGAUGUCAAGGCCGGGUAAGAAGAUAACUCGGAAGACGAUAAUGAUGACGAACAGGAUGAGGGAGCUGGAGCUGAAGGAGCGGUCUUCAAAGUCGCUGCUGGCGAAUGUUCUGGACAUCGACGACGACUUUAGACACGCGCCGCCGCCUCCCAACAGCACCGCGUCCACGGGCAACUUGGGGCCAGGGUGUUCGAUAUUCCGCACGGACUUCCGGCGGUCGUUCGUGCGUCCGUCUACCAUGGAAGACGUGGGUGGGCUGGGCAGCCACCACCGCGAGCUGCACCUCAUCCUCAGGGAGCUGCAGUUCAUCACCGCGAGGAUGAAGAAAGCUGAUGAAGAAGCUGAACUUAUUAGUGAUUGGAAAUUCGCCGCGAUGGUUGUUGAUAGGUUUUGCCUGUUUGUGUUUACUCUAUUCACAAUCAUCGCGACAGUCGCCGUGCUGCUCUCUGCGCCGCAUAUUAUAGUGCAAUGAAGCAAAUCGGCCAAAUUCAAGUACGAGAGAAAUAAUUUAACUGUAAUUAUAAUUAUUUAUAUAUACUAUUAUCUUAUAACGUGGUUCAAACGCACACGUCAUUAACUCUUGUCUAAAGACGAUAGAUAUAAGUGAAUUGUAAUCGUUUACAUAGUUAAGU